AUGCCUCACAAAGUCAACGACUCAAACUCCACGCUAGCCAGCAGAGGCAGCAGCACCGACCAAGUCGGAGCCCCCAAAGUCCGGAAUCUGACUAGUGCAGCAGCCAAUCCAGCCCGCAAACCUCCAGUGGUCAUACACAACAAGGGCGGCCAAAUAUACGAUGAAACGCGUCCAUCGGACUGGGACAAACAACGCUGGAAAUAG